AUGUUUAUUGUAAGAAAAUAUCAUUCAGAAAUAGGUGCGUUUUUUGAAGUUUGUCAAACUAUAGAUUUUUUCGAAGCCUAAAAUUUAGGUUGCUCAGAUAGAAUUAAUAAAUUUGCAUGCAUGAGUUUAUAAAAAUAAAAAUGCACUUGGAAUAAUAAAUGUGAAUUGCUAAGGGAAAAUACAAUUAAAAAUAAUCAACAAUGUAAUUAUCAUGAGAUUGCUGUCACUCCUUAUACUUGCUAAUAACUUAAAUCUGGAUUAUGUAAAAUAUCUUUUAAUUAAGGCAUGAACUCAGGAUUAGAAGGAGAUUAUAGAUGUGUUGAAGUAAGAAUAGAUCAAUUAUCAACGAUAACUUGUAAUCAACCAGGAUUAAAUGAUUAAGCAUGUCUUUCUAUAAUAACAGAGGAUUAAUAUUGUGUUUUUUUAGAUGAUCAAUGCAAAUCAAUUGAACCAAAGUAAGUUUUUUCAUGCAAUUAAUUAAAUAAAAAUGCUUGUAUCUCUAUAAUGCUUAAUUCACAAUAAUUAUUAUGUGAAUGGAUAGAUUCAUUCAUGUAGAAUAUUCAAUUAAAAUGA